AUGGCGGAAGAUGAAGGAUUCUACAUCGAACUCAGUCCACAUCCCACUCGUUUCGAGCCUGUUAGUAAAGCUACCAACGUAUUUUUUGAUGAAGUAAACAAACAAGUGUUUGCUGUCCGGUCAUGUGGUGCUACUGGUGUAGUGGUCAAAGGACCAGAUGAAAAAUAUUGUACUAAUUUCAGAAUGGAAGACAAAGGGGAGGUCAUCUCAAUCAAGUUUUCAUAUGACAUGAAAGUAUUAGCUGUACAAAGGUCACAAAAAACAGUGGAAUUUAUUAACUUUAUUCCUGGACUCGAUGUGGUGGAAUAUUCACAGAGUUGUAAGGGCAAGACAACCAGGAUUAUUGGUUUUAAUUGGACCAAUAUAAAUGAGAUCGUGUUUAUAACAGACCAUGGCAUUGAGUUCUAUCAGGUUAUCCCUGAGAAGAAAACACUGAAAUUAUUAAAAAGUUUUAAUGUCACAGUGAACUGGUUUGUUUUUCUGCCUGAUAGUUCUUUAUUGCUGCUUUCAGCCUCAUCACUGGGAAAUGUCCUGCAUCCAUUCUAUUUUAAGGGUGGCACUGUAUUGAAGCUUCCUAAAUUUGAAGUUGAUUUACCAGUAAUUCCUAAACCACCUAAGCUGUCUUUGUUGGAGAGAGAUGUCACUAUGUCCAAUAUAUAUGGUCAGGUGUAUAUUAUUGUGCUGAGACAUCAACAAAGAGGCCCUGGUAACUUGGGUGCUGAAGUUGUUCUCUACCAAUUACAAAAAGAAUCUCCUGCCAAGAAGACUGACGUACUAAGGCUGAAUAUGAGUGGACGUUUUGCUUUAAAUGUCGUUGAUAAUCUUAUAAUUGUACAUCACCAGGCUUCUAAGACGACAAUGAUGUUUGAUAUCAAAUUAGGCGGUGACUUUGAUGGUUACAUCAACUCACAUUACCCAGUUCUUUCACCCUUACCAAUUAAGCCAUUUAAACUUAAAGUCACUGGUAUAACAUCGAUGUCACAACCUGGUCCUGAAAUCACGCAUAUAACCUGUGAACUCUAUUCCCCUAACUGGAUUGUAUUUCAACCUAACAUAAUAAUUGAUGCUAAGCUAGGGUGUCUAUGGCAUGUGAUGUUGAAACUGGAGCCAUUGGUGACUAUGAUACCUGACAAGGGUCGUCUAAUGGACUUUCUACUUUUGAGAACCGAGUGUAAAAUGGUGAUACUAUCUGUCUGUAAACAAGCGUUAGUGCCAGGUCACCAGUGUAAUCUGCCAACUAUAUCUCGCAUAUUUGACAAACUCAACCAGGGCUAUAGGAAUUAUCUUGAACAGGAACAACAAGGCACCCAGGGUGUUGAAAUGGGAAUGGUGAAGUCUAAUAGAAAGCGAAGUCAAGCAGUGGUGGACCAAUCUGAUAUGUACACACAUGUCUUCUCAGUGUUUGUAGAUAACAGGGACGUAAAGCAUAAAUUUAUUGUAGCUGUACUGAUGGAGUACAUCAGAUCUUUAAAUCAAUUCCAAAUACCUGUACAGCAUUAUCUAUAUGAGCUGGUCAUUAAUACUCUGGUACAGAAUAACUGCUUUUAUCAACUGCAUCAAUUUCUACAGUAUCACGUACUGAGUGAUUCAAAACCGCUAGCGUGCUUGAUGUUGUCGUUAGAAAGUGUUUAUCCACCAGCACAUCAGUUAGCCCUAGAUAUGCUCAAGAGGUUAUCCACAGCCAAUGAGGAGAUAGUUGAAGUUCUUCUCUCAAAACAUCAAAUUUUAACUGCACUGAGGUUUAUACGUAGUGUUGGUCAAGUAGAUACCGUGUCAGCCAGGAAGUUUCUAGAAGCUGCUCUGAAUACGGAAGAUAAAAUGCUCUUCUACACUGUUUUCAAGUUCUUUGAAGAACGAAAUGCUAGACUCCGGGGACAUGCAAGAUUUGUGCCAGGCGAGCACUGUGAGGAAUAUGUGAAGCAGUUCGAAGACAUCUUUGGUUCGGAAAGUUUCAUGAUCGUCACAGCAGCAUCCUGA